AUGUCGAGACCUCGUCGGACAGCAGCAACACCUGCUGUUGUCAAUGUCGCUCAACCAUCAAUCACAGUAUCUCGUUCUCCCUCAAACUCGCCGGAAGAACGGCGUAGGAGCAUCAAGUUGACGGUCAAGAUGCCGUCAAGCAAGCUGAGGGAGGUGACAAGCCAAUCCAGUGUCGGGCGUGUGGCAGUCAAUUCUCGUGACACCUUUGAAGGAGGGGAGAUCAUGACGGGGAAGCGGAGCACACGUGCGCAAGACACCACGAAGCGCAAGCGAUAUAACGAGAGUGACGAUCCUGAUGGCUGGGAUGAUGAUUCUGAAGAGUCAGAUAGCGAGAUGGCAGAUCUGGAUCAGGACCAGGGGAGUCCCCAGGACCAAGUCAGUACAACCGAGGAAGAAUCAGAAGAAGAAGAAGAAGAAGACGACGACGACGAAAUGGAAGCAGCACCUUCAUUUCCUCCUCCCAAGCAAGCACCCUCUCGUCCUGUACCCAGAUCUACGAACCAGCAAAUACCCAGACCAAACAACAAGCAAAUCACUAACCCUGCUGUGAUUGUGACCCCAGCGGCGACCGGUACCUUCAAGUCUGUAGAGGAAAAGGAGAUGGAGAUGGCCAAUGAAGAGGAUGAAGAAUUGUCCGAGCUUGAAUCGAAUGGAGAAGACGGGCUUGAAGACACCAAUAUGGAUGCCGAGGGUGACGAGGAUGAACUCGGUGGAGAGGAAGACGCUGAAGGAGACGAAGAUAUUGAUGCCGAGGGCGAGAUUGACAGCGGUGAUGAGACCACCGGGUCAGGCUUGGGCACACCCAAACCGCAAACGAAGCGCCAACGUGGACAAGAUGAAGGAGCUUUCUUGGCAUUGCCUAUGGAGCCUCAGAUCAAGAAGAUCCUGACAGCUGACGAGCAUCGCAUGAGAAGGGCAGAGAUGGCGAGACGGCGGAAGAAUCUGAGCGAGAAGAGGAACGAAGAGGAGAAGAUGUCGACUAUCAACAGGCUUCUCAAACGACAGGUGCCCAAGCGACGAGGAAAAGCCAUGAACCCAGAGACGCUUGAGGCAGCUACCGCAGCGGAGGGUGCCACUCCUGCAGAAGACGAAGAAUUCGAGGUGGAGCGAGCCAACCCUUUAUUCGUACGCUGGGUCAACAACAAGGACGGUUCGAGGAUUGGGGUGCCGGAAGAGUGGCGCGGGAAGCAGGUUGGGAGGGUUUUCGGUCCACCGCCACCACCGCGCAAUGGUAGGCUUGUGGAAGAGAUCAGCUGA